AUGGCACAAAUAGGCUUUAAUAUUCCUCUGGUAACCGAUCUGGGUGAUGGAUGGCAGACUCACAGAUCCCCACCACCUCGUCCGCCACCACGCCAUGAACCGGCCAUGCGCGCUCACCAGAAGCCUCAGGCCGCAUCAAUUAGGCGUCAGAUUCGGCAAAAGGAGAUCGCAUCUGUCAUUCUUCAUCGUAGAUUUGUCGCGUCGGAGUCGUUGGAACACAGCAAAAAGUGGUUUCAGCGCGAAGUCGAGGCACAGCUGCAGCGCGGCGGUCUCUUCGAAGAUCCCUUCAUGCCUCCUGUUGAUUCCACAAUUUGGCCAGAUCGUAGCAACUCUUCGGCAAAAUAUCGCUGGUGCAGACCAAAUGAAUUAGUAGCCCAUCCUCAAUUCGUCGCCGAUGGUCUCAGCCGUUUCGACAUCAAGCAGGGGGAAUUGGGCGAUUGUUGGCUUAUCGCGGCUUUAGCCUGCCUUUCUAUGCACCAUAAGCUUCUUAACGAAGUAGUUCCAUGUGGUCAAUCCUUUGUGCCAACGAGCGAUGGGGGCCCUCUGAACGCCAAAGGGGGCUUCGCCUAUGUCGGCAUGUUCUGGUUCCGCUUCUGGUACUUCGGCUGCUGGGUCGACGUGGUUGUGGACGACCGAUUGCCCACCGAUGGGAACCGUCUCUGCUUCAUGCAUUCUAGCGACCGACAAGAGUUUUGGUCCGCCUUAUUGGAAAAGGCCUACGCUAAACUUGUCGGCAGCUACGAUGCUCUUCGUGGUGGCACCACUUCUGAGGGUAUGGAAGAUUUUACUGGUGGUAUGUGCGAGAUGAUCGAUUUGGGCGACAAGGCGCCAGAAAAUCUUUUCAGCAUUAUGUCCCGAGCUCACUCUCGUUGCUCCCUCCUCGCGUGUUCAAUUGAUGCGAGUCCUGAACAAAUGGAAGCCGAAGGACCCUAUGGACUCAUCAUGGGACAUGCCUAUUCUGUCACAGACGUCCGAACGGUGCGCGAAACCAGUGGAAAUCAAUUGCAAAUGAUUCGAUUGAGAAACCCUUGGGGAAAUGAACGGGAAUGGGUGGGACCAUGGAGUGAUAAAUCAAAAGAGUGGUCACGUAUCUCACCAGAGGAGCGAAUGAAAAUUGGCCUGACUUUUGAUAAUGAUGGUGAAUUUUGGAUGACUUUCGGAGACUUUAAGCACUACUUCAGUCGAUUAGAAAUGUGCCACUUGAGUCCCGACUUUGACCAGAUGGAUAACACUACAAAGGGUGCUCCGCCGAAGCGGAAGUGGGAAAUGACGAGGCACGAGGGCGAGUGGCUAAGGAAUUCUACAGCUGGUGGCUGUCUGAAUAACCGAAAUACCUUCCAUAUGAAUCCGCAGAUCCGUGUAUCCGUUGUGGAUGCUGACGAAGCAGAUGACGACCCGACAGGUACCAUCGUAGUCGGCUUGAUGCAGAAAGGGAUGCGUGAAAAACGUCAAUCCCCAUUCUCUAUCGGUUAUGUAAUUUAUCCUCUUCCACCUGGUGCACCACCAAACGCUUUGCUAACACGCGAAUUCUUCCGUCAUACUCAAAUGGCUGCGCGCUCUAUGUUCGUUAACACUCGAGAGGUCUGUGGACGCCAUAAACUCAUUCCCGGUGAUUAUGUCAUCGUACCUUCCACUUUUGUGCCGAAUGAGGAAGCAAAAUUCCUGCUUCGAAUAUUCUCCGAGCGACCUUAUGCAGCUGGCGAAUUAGACGAUCAGAUUAUGUGUGGUGUUGAUCCUAUAACGCCAUUGCCAGCCCUGCCGAAGGAUGAGGAAAUGAUUAAAAAGUUGAAAUCCGCUUUCGAUGCCAUUGCCGGCGAUACUAAUGAUAUUGAAGCCGAAGAUUUGCGCAACAUUUUGAACAGAGUCUUCGAGAACAAGGUUGGUGAAUGCUUCGAAGGAUUCAGCUUGGAGACAGCGAGGAGUAUGGUCGCUCUUAUGGAUGUCGAUACCAGUGGAACUCUUGGAUUUGAAGAGUUCAAAACACUGUGGUACGAACUCCGUCUGUGGCUGACCAUAUUCAAGGAGGCGGAUGCAGCAAAAGCGGGGAAACUAUGCACUUACGAUCUCCGAAACGUACUGAAUGACAUUGGCAUCAGCAUUAGCAACGAGAUCUUCAAGGCCAUUGUCUGUCGAUAUGCGCACGAUGGGGUGAUUGUCUUCGACGACUUUGUCCUCCUCCUCGUCCGGCUUAUCACAGUGUUUGGAAAGUUCAAGGAGAACCUGGAGGAUCGAAAAUCGCUCAAGGCCUCCUUCUUUGUCGACGAGUUUCUGCGCUGUGUCCUCUAUACUUGA